AUGAUGACAGAAACAUCAUUGUAUGAAGAUGAAACCUACUUGGGAGGUGGACAAUCUCUUGAAGACGAACUUCUCGGUAAAGGGUAUUUGAACGAAGUGCCAUUAGGCUCUUCUCUGGCCGCUGAACUCCAGUCUGCUACAAAUGAUCCCUUGCUGGAUGAUACCUUGGAUGCAGCGCCUACAGACGCAGCCACAACUACAUUGACAAGCAACAGCAUUAUGAACUCAACAGAAACAUCAUCUAAAUUAGCCUCCAUGGCAAUGGACAGACGGUCUCUAUCUUGUGAAGUCACUAGCCCUCUUUUAUCACCACUCCAAUGGUCUGCUUCUACCGGUCUUCGCAGUAGACGAUCUUCCUUCUCCUCUUCAUGGUCCUCCAUCAACGAUCCUGAAGAUGAUGAUCCAUUCGAGGUACUGAAAAGACAAUUAGAGGAUUUAAAUACAGCAGUUUGGGAAACAAAAACCCUUCACAAGCGCUUAUUGAAGACAUUAGCUGUUGAUGAAACACUCCAAGACCUCGUGACCUUUGCUCCACCCUUUGAAUACGUUAUUCAGUCUGUUAUCAACCUCGUUGAACGCAAAUCUCGCGACCGUGAAAGACAAACAAGCUAUCUGCGCAAUCUGGAUGGUGCACUCCGAAAAGAAACAAGCUGGAUGUCGAUCGAAGCACUGAAAGAAUUGGAGGCAUUGUUGGCAUCGAUCAAAACAACUCUCAACGACAGCAACUACUCCUAUGAGAAUCCUUUACCAGCUAUCAGAAAUCUAACUAUUGAAACCAGUGCAGCAACCGAAUCGCUUGAAGAGUUGAAAGAGAUCAUGUAUGUGAAUAAACGACAGGUGCAAGAGUUGAACUCUCGACUUCGAUCUAUUGCAAAAACCGUGCACGAAGUUAGAAAAGACAUGCGAAGGAUCAACAAAUUCUUGGAAGAGAAGGAUGACGAGGAUCCCAUCGUACUAGAGAAAGGUGAAGCAGCCGAAAGAGUCAAAGAGAUUAUGUGGGGUUUGGAUGAUUUGGAUUUAGAAUCAACAAAGAAGCUGAAGCAAAUGCAAGUUUUCUGGGAAACUGCUCAGAUAUCAUGCACUUGA